CCGUUACUUUGUUUGGAGUAUCUGCUUGGAAGGAAGGCCAAAAACUGGCCAGAAGCAUCCUUGGCCCACCACUGAAAUAUCAAAAUCUGAAAACUGAAUUGAAAAGCAAAGGGAUGGAGCCUCUCCAAGAAUCUCGGGGGGAUCCGCUCACCGUAUCCCGGUCAGAGCAAAGCUUCAGAGGAAACGGUCAAGCUGUGCAGCCUGAGAUGAAGAAGACAAAACGAGAGACGCACGUGGCCGAAUUAAACCAUAAGUGGCAAGACUGGGAGAAAACUGGCUGGACACAGAAACGGACCAGGGGGCACCAGAAAGCUCCAGAUGCAGAGAAGAAGAAUGGAAACCAUCCAAGACCAGCAGGAAGGACGAGGAAAGCAGGAUCUACCAAGGGUUCCUCGGAUGGGUUGAAGACCACACCUUCUCCUGAGAAUCAGAACGCAGCUGCUAAGAUGAUGGGCAUGAGAGAGACGCCCAGGCCUGGCGAGAGAAGACGGAAUGGGUCUUCUCCGAAAAGUGGAACUUCCUGGAAAGAACGGCGACCCACCACCACGUUGGUGGAGGCCAGGAGGAAGCCCUAUAGUCCCGAACAGCUCCGUGAGUUUAUGGAGCAGAAGGCCGCUGAGAGAAAUAGGAGGAUCCAAGAAGAGAGGAGGACCUCAAGGCAUGCCCAAGAAGAGAGGAACAAGAAACUUCAAGAAGUCUACCGAAAGCAGAGAGAAGCAGCCGGCAGAAGAAGAAGAAGCCAUUGGGCAGGACAACCGAGAGAAGACCUGACCUUCGUCACACCCGCCAAGAAUAAUCUUGAUUUG